UGCUUUCUUGGGAAGGGUGUGUUGGUUAUAAAUGGUUAGUUAAAGUAGACAGGAAUACUUUAAUGAUCAGUGCUGAAUAGGAAGAGGUACAAAAUUAUGUCCAUGGGGCUGUGAAGAAAUUACAAGAGAUAUUUUGGUCAUGAAUCCAGCUUCAGAUGUGGAUGUUAAAGAAACUGUCCUGACUCUACUCUAUUGCUACCCCGGGGGUGUGCCCUUAUGGGAAUUUGGGGCCCUGUAUCGCCAGCAGACUGGUCAGCGACUGGAACUUGACCAGAAUGGCUACUCUUCCCUGCAGCAACUCUUGGCUGAGAUGAAGGACCAAGUGGUGAUGGAUGAGAUGGGAAAACAGCCAUGGGUGUGGAGUAGGCAUCUCCCUGUCCAUGGACCACGUGGGAAGAGAGAACUUCCCACACACAAAGAUUCUGCCACUGAAUCUGACCAGUUAAAAAACCCCAAGUUAGGUCUAAGGCCUUGGAAUACCUACCACAGCCUCCAUAGCCCUAGCCAUACCUAUCCACAUCAGCUGAGAACAAAGAAGACUUCUAAUGAACUCCAGCCACAUCGGACAAUAUAUCUGAGCCGCAAGCCCAGCCGCUUGCCAGUAUCUGCUGCCAGAUUGGCAAACAGGCUGACUUUGUCUGGUGGGGCUCAUCCUCCUGCCAGCAGACUCCCUCGCCCCCUGAAUAGGCUGCCCUGCCCAGGCGGCUUUCAUGAAUGUACCAAGACCAGACACAAAGCAUCCACUCUCAUGAGUAUUGAUGGUGAGGAAGGACAAAUGAUGGUGGUGAAAGAGAUCCAGAAGUGUCAGUCUCCUGUUCUGCUGCCUACCUCGCCUGUUGUUGAAGGGAGAAAGGAAGGGUUUUCAAGGUACCCUCCUGAGAGGAAUCCUUCAGCUCCCACUGGUUCUGCAGCGGCGGCCCACUUGCCAGCCUCUUCCUCCACCUCAGAAGUCCUACAUCAUGAUGACAUCUCUCUGAAACCAUUAAACCAAGAAGAUGCACCUAAUGUACAAGUGCCAAGUAGCCCAGCUGGCCUCAACUGCUCUGUUCUGCUAGUGACUUCUCAGUUCCUGAAAAGGCAGGAGGAGGAAGAAGCGGAAGCAGGCGAUGUGGCAACCCUCCCCCCUGAAGAUUAUCCUCAGGCCAUGUUGCCAGCUGGCCUCCUUCCACCUAAAGAUGCUAGUCCAUCUGCUCCAGGGCCACUCUCUGAGAGCCUGGAUCACAACAAGCACAGCUCAAAUGUUGCUCUCUGCUUCCCUUAUUCAAAUGCCCUGAUACAGUCCUCUCCAAACUCUCUCGCAAAAUCUGGCAUAAUGCUAUCCACGAGCCCCAAUCUGCCCGCAGCUCUGGUACAGCCUGUACCAUCCCCUUCCCCUGCUCAAGGUCUCUUCUCAGCAGAGCAAUGGAGUUCGCCCAGGGAGAAAGUGGCUUUAAAUGAGCCUAGUUCAAUUUCCCCAAUUUAUCCUAAGGAUGUUCUAGCAGUUGAAGAAGGGUCAUCUUUGAAAUGGGAUUCAGCCUCCUCCUCUGAUCUCUUUGAUCUAUUAGAAACCAAAAUGAUGCUGAAGGAGGGUCCUCCUCAAAAUGCCCUUAGCUCUCCAAAGACAGCAGUGUCAACAUCUUCUAUGAUUCCUGAGAUUCUGGAAGAGGAAGUAUCUCCCGGGUCACAGUCACAGUGGAGUUCACCUGCUCCAAGUUCAAGCAUGGAAGAGAAGGUUCUGGACAGCCUGGAGGAGGCGGCAGCGGCAGCGGCAGCAUCUUUGGGAAGUGGGUCUCUAGUGUUCAAGAGCCUAGAGAACAGUGUGGAAGGACAGACUACGAUUCAGGCCACCCCUCCUGCGCCAACUAAGCAUAAUCCUUGUGUAAUUUUAUGAAGGCAUACAUGGGAUAGACUUGAAGAUGACGCAAGCAAACAAGAUUGCAAACCCAACAAUGGGAUGUGCAGGUGUGUAAGUAAUCCCAGUCUGAGGUGCAGAGCUGAGAAACCUCUCCGUUUAACUGAGGCUGUUGCUCCCAUGAGCCAGAUACCACAAUAUAUAAUACACUUGAUUGGUGUGAACAGUGGAAUCUUCUGACCUACAUCUGGAAUAUCUUUUUAAACUUCUGCAACUCUUUCAUGAGAUGGGGCUGGCUUCUUGCCAGAGAAGCUCUCUAGACUGGUAGGAAGGCAUAAGUGGGAUCUUAACUCCACUCAUACUCCCAUUCUCUAAAGCAGGGAUUCUCAACCUUGGGUCUCCAGAUGUUGUUGGACUCCAGCUCCCAUCUUCCUCUGCCACAAUGGCCUUUGACCACUGGAUGAUAGGAGCUGCAGUCCAACAGCAUUAGGGGACUCAAGGUUGAGAACCCCUACUUUAGAGGCUCUCUUCAUAAAAGUCAGCCAGUGAUUUCACUGACCACUACAUCACUGCACAACAGCAAACUCCUACAGCAAUGGUGGCUGUCCCCUCAAAGUAAUUCUGGGCACAAUAAAGAGGUUAGGGACCUUUUAGCCAAACAUCUGUCUUUGCCUUAAAUCUCUGUCACAAACUACAAUUCUGAGGAAUCCUCUCAGUAAAAGCCAUGAGAGCUUGCAUACACUGAAAACUAGGGGUAAGAAUGGAAUCAAGCAUGCUUCUGGUAGGUGGAUUUUGGGUUACCUUGAAGGGUCUCCAAUAUGGAUAACAUGUCUGAGAACAAUGGAUUUGAAUUGUUUGGAAGAGGAGGUAUGAUAGUGGAAUGGGGGACAGGUUUCUGUGUUAUUGGGGAGGGGAAAUAGAGAGCCAAGAGUCUGGUGCCCCUUUUAAAUAAAUGUAACUGGUAGUGGUUUAAUAAAAAGCUGUCUUUAAAGUGUUGUCUAAGCACACAUGCUGACUAAAAAUAAAUGACUCUGCUACACAGUCAUCUUUGGAACCUAAUGUCUAAUCUAUGUUCUUAUACAACUCAGCCUGUCCUAAAAAUAAAUCUUCCUGUUUUGAGUUCCUCUGUA